CAGCAGCCAUCAGAACAAGCAGCGAUCAUGGUCAGCACAUCGGCAAAGUGGAAGCUCGACGCCUCGUCCCUGGACAGCUCCUCGAAGCAUCAGUCCGGCAAGCUGAAUCCCCCAGGAUUCUCGCUGGAGGUGGAAUCGCACAAGUCCUCGAAGCGAGAUGCCCCUGCCGUUGAGGAGAACGAGAUCAACUUGCUCAAAGUCAAGAAAGCCUUUGAUCUGGCCAUGGGCGUCGCCAAGGGCAUCCCGAUGAACGCAAUCAUGCUCUACAUGUCCGGCAACUCAGUCCAGAUCUUCUCCGUCAUGAUUACCGCGAUGCUGUUUUGGAAUUCCCUCAAGGCCUUCACGACCAUCAACCAAGCCUUCGAGCGAUAUGAGAUCAACACGUCUACCACCCCGGCGAAGGGUCUUGCCGCUGUCCAGAAGCUCAUCAAGGACCCCCUCUUGCUUCCCAAGCUUUUCUAUAUCCUCUGCAACAUUGCGAUGCUCGGCAUGGGUGUCUGGAAAUGCUCCUCGAUGGGCUUGCUGCCGACCUCCCACUCUGACUGGCUCGCCUUCCUCGACCCCAAGACGGUUUUGGAGUUCUCGCGCGGCGGCCUUGCAUGGAACUGAGAGGCUGCUCUCCCCUCCCCUCACAUGCACAAAAUACGACGAUUCCCGGUUGACAUAAACUCGGGUGCUCGAUAGGAAUAUACUCGGUGCCGUCGUCCUGCCUGCUCUGCCAUACA